UGCCAAGUGGAGAUCCAAGAUGGCAGCUUCCAUAGUGAGAAGAAAUGCCCCCUACGUAAAACAACAAUUUUCCGAGGCUUUAGGAGGAAGCAGCGUGGUUGUUAAAAGCGUAUGCGGAGCGUUAUUCGUAGGGUAUUUACUGUCGUUUGCAUCAAAUGUCAUUCCCUAUAUUACAGUCACGCCGGGUUAUGUAUUGCCACCCAAUUUCUGGGUUUGGACUUUUCUAACUCACUGUUUUGUUCAGUUUCACAUUUGGCAUGUCCUAAUAGACAUCGCCGUCGUUUUUCUCUGUGGGAAACUAUUGGAGCCACUGUGGGGAGCGCUGGAGCUGCUAAUAUUUUUCAUGGUUGUGAACGUGGGGACCGCUCUAAUAUCUUCCCUUGUUUACAUCAUCGUCUAUCUGGCAAGUCGACAGCCGGAUUUUUUAUUCGAGACAUACAUCCACGGCCUGGCCGGUUUCAUCGGUGGAUUCACCGUCGCUGUCAAACAGAUGAUGCCGGACCAUGUGCUGUUCUUGUCGCCCUUUGGGAAGCUGCGUAACAACCACAUUCCUGUUCUCCUUCUGGUAGUGACUGUUAUACUGCGAGUGGCUGGUGCCCUCGAGGGACCAUACCCCAUAAUGUACACUGCAGGCUUGCUCACCAGUUGGAUUUACCUGAGGUUCUAUCAGAGCCAUGGGAAGGGGACUAGAGGAGACAUGGCUGAUAAUUUUUCGUUUGCUAGUUUUUGGCCCUCCCCAGUCCAGCCGGUUGUGGGAGUCGCCUCUAACACAAUCUUCAGUUUCUUGGUGAAGGUCAAAGUGUGCAAGAAGCCAGAGAGGAGGUAUGAUGUCAGCUCACCUACUACAAUUACAAUCAGCCUGCCUGGGACAGACCCACAAGACGCAGAGAGGAGGAGACAAGUGGCCCUAAAAGCUCUAAAUGAAAGAAUGGGAAAAGUAGAAAGUCAAACAAGCUGGCCCUCGAUGGAGGAUGAAUCUCCUACUAAGGAAAGCACAGAGCUUCAAGAGGUCAAAGUUCACGAAAAGUCACCAGAUGUCAAGGACACUACAGGUGCUCAUAGUGAGGCCAAGUCUGAAAAAGAAGUAAAACACACAGCAACAUCAGCAGUGCCAUCUAGUAGUGGAAUUAAAAAAUUACCAGUACCAGAUUUUAAAGACAAUGCAAAAAAUACGCCCACAGCAGAGGACGAUUCGUAGUGGCACCUAAAGAUGAAAAACUGAAAACUGAAUUAUUUUAUUUACUAGUACUUUGCUUGUUGUACACUGUACUAUAAUUUAGUGGGAAGUACUUUAUAAGACCUCUUGCUGUUUAUGAACGAGGUUACAAUCUUGAUUUAAUUAAGAUGUAAAUUUUGAUUAAAGUUAUUAUGUAUUUAUAAUUGGUGGUUAGGGCUGUGCAAUUUGUCAUUGUAAAAUAGUAUAGCCACUGACUCUGUGUGUAUAUUCAACAGUAUCUUUGAGUUUAAAUGGGAAUUAAAUUUUUGUAAAAAGUUAAGAGAUAACAUAGGAGGGACUGAAAAUGUGACCAUUUAAUAUGAUUCUGUCCUUCUUGGUCUGUUGACAUGAAUGAUUGGCAUCCUCCACAAAGAUCCGCAACAAAUAAGAUGAAAAGGUAGAUUAGGGACAAAUGGGUGAGUGAGUAGGUGUCCAGUUUUAAUUUCAGAAUUAAAGUUUUCUACAAUUCACUGGGACGAGAACUAUACUACUUUGUUUGGUAAGUCCCCACUGUCCUGCCCCACAACCACACCCACACCCACACCCUACCUUCCUCUCUCUCUUUUGUCAAAUUUUGUUCUAAUAGCCUUGAUAUGAAACACUCUAAAGCAUGUAAAAAAAUUUAAUGAAAGUUGUGCAUUCAGCCCA